AAACUCGGAAAAUCCAAAAGGAUCACAGGACUAAUGGGAGCACCAUCAGUGUUGGCAUUUGCACAUGCCACCACCCCCUUUAUAUUCCCCAACCUCCCAACUCCCCUCCUCCCCCAUUCCUUCCAUCCAUCUCACCACCCCUCUCCUCCUCUGCACAGCAACCAGGUGUAUGCUCCAUGAGGAGGAGGGAAUCUUGAGAGGUCACAGAUAUCCUGAUCCUGCUGUUUUUUGGUGGUCUCUGUGCUGUAAGUUGGGUUUGUGGCAAGAAUUCUUUGCUGCGCGAGGCAAUGGCGUCCACCUCGGGCUCGGCGGCGGCGGUGGAGGAGAGGGGGAAUAGUGAGCGGAAGAGGAAGCGUGGCGCGACGGGGGAGUCGGAGGGGUCCGAGGCGCAGCCUUCCAAGUGGCGGACGCGGCGGGCGCACGAGAUCUACUCGUCGAAGCUCCUCGACGCCAUCCGCCUCGUGCGUUCCGGGUCGCCCUCCUCCUCGGCGGCGGCCCCGCCGCGCAGCCGGGCCGUGCGCGAGGCGGCCGACCGCGCGCUCGCCGUCUCGGCGCGCGGGCGGACGCGCUGGAGCCGCGCCAUCCUCGCGUCCCACCGCCGCCGCAUCCAGGCCGCGCGCCGCGCGCGCCUCCGCGAGGCCAUCUCCCCGCCGUCGCGCCACCCAUCCUCGUCGUCCGGUAAAGGGCCGAAGGCCCCAGCUCUGGCGAGGAAGGCGAAGGUGCUCGGGCGGCUGGUGCCCGGCUGCCGCAAGCUCCCAUUCCCGGCUCUCCUCGCCGAGGCCUCCGACUACAUCGCCGCGCUGGAGAUGCAGGUGCGCGCCAUGACCGCGCUCGCCGAGGUCCUUUCCACCGUCUCCGGCUCAGGCUCAGCCUCCUCCUCCGGCGGCUCCUCUUCGCCGGCGUGACCCCCAAGCCUCAAGAUUCGUGCAUUCGUUGUAAAUUUGUUUUUUCUUUCUUUCAUUUUUUCCUUGGGAUUAGUUAGCCUCGAGCUGUCUGCUCUCUAGUUUGUCCUCUUCUUUUCCAUGAGCUGGGUGAGCGGUUAUGGCGGUGGUGGUGAUGGCAUUGCGGUGAUUAACCCGCGCUGUAAUGCAGUAGGCCACAUUUGUUUUGUUCUCUUCUUUCUCCUCAGGAUUCUUUUGUAGGAUGCCUCGUUUGUUCUUCUUCCAUCUCUGAUAAAUGCACCAUGAAUGGUUCACAUCACUUCUC